UUUCUCCCUCUCACUCACUCACUCACCCACCCCUUUUGCUGUCUCAUUAUUCUCUUUGUUCAAACUCCAAACCUUUACCUUCCUUCUCAUCUUCUUCACUCAGAUCAAAUCUGAAACUUCCUUUCACACUAACUCAUCAUUUGCUUCAUGGUAUUCUCUCUACAGGCUGGAAGCUGGGGCUUGAAUUAACCUGCAAUUUAUUCUUGCUUUGUGCUGUAUGUUGUUCACUUCAAAUAGAUUAAGAAUCUAGCUUUUCUUACCAACAAGUCUUCCUGUAUGUAAAUUUCUUUCCUUAAGAAUCUAGCUUUUCUUAUUACGAAAUCGAUCCCUGGCUGCUUCUUUGUUGAACAUUAACCCAAUUUCCGGCCCUUAUAGGCUAUAUAAGCCCCCGUACGAACCUCCUUUUUUGAAACCAUUUUUCAUUUCAAUCCCUUCCUUCCAUAGCCAUGACUGCUGUCUUUAUCCUCAUCGGCGUACUUCUUCAACUCUUCACGGCCACCACUGGCAUUGGAGUGAACUAUGGCAUGACUGCAGACAACCUUCCACCUCCAUCUGUCGUUGCCAAUUUCCUUAAAACCCAAACUAUUUUCGACAGUGUCAAGUUGUUCGACGCUAAUCCUGAUGUCCUUCGAGCUUUUGCAAACACUGGAAUUUCGGUUUCUGUCACGAUUGGCAAUGGGGAUAUUCCUGGUCUUACCAACACUGUUACGGCGCGAAGAUGGGUUGCUGAUCAUAUUAGCCCGUUUCAUCCUCAAACGAAGAUCAAAUACAUAUGCGUUGGUACCGAAGUCUUGUUCUCGAAAAACGAUGUUUGGAUUAAUAACCUUGUGCCGGCUAUGCGGAGUCUUCAUUAUGCCUUGAAUAAAGCUGGAUUUCAAGACAUUAAGGUCACGAGUGCUCAUGCACUUAACAUAUUCCGACGGGAUACGAUACCAAGUUUGAUGCGGUUCAUGGUCGGAUAUGAUCAAAGUUUCUUUGCACCCUUACUCCAAUUCCAUCAACGGACCAAAUCACCUUUCAUGGUCAACCCCUAUCCUUACUUUAGCCCGGACAUAACGAGAAGAUUGAAUUAUGCACUUUUCAAGCCAAACAGUGGAAUCUAUGACAAAUAUACUAAGAAAAAUUACACCAAUAUGUUUGAUUCUAUCUUGGACUCGACUUAUACUGCCAUGAAAGCCCUUGGCUAUGGAAAUGUGGAGAUUGCCAUUGGUGAGACUGGUUGGCCGACACAAGGUGAUGCCACCAGCCCUUUCGCCACCAUGGAAAAUGCAAUUUCUUACAAUGGGCAUGUGAUCAAGGAAAUUGUUUCGGGCAAAGGAACACCUUUGAUGCCGAACCGCACUUUCGAGACAUAUAUGUUUGCAUUGUUUAACGAGAAUCAAAAACCAGGUCCAUUGGUUGAGAAAUACUGGGGAAUGUUUAAUCCCGACUUGACCCCUAUUUAUGAUGUCGGGCUUCUACGAAGAGGGCAGUCGGCACCAACACCAGCAACUCCAGCACCAUCAUCCAGCAAGAAUUUCUGUGUUCCGAAAGUCGAUGUUAGCAACACUCAGCUGCAAUCGAACCUGGAUUAUGCAUGCGGUCAAGAAGGCAUUGAUUGCACACCGAUUCAGCCCGGAGGAGCAUGCUAUGAACCCAACACUCUCCGGGCUCAUGCUGCCUUCGCGAUGAAUACUUACUAUCGAACCAAAGGUGAGAGCUAUUUCAGCUGCGAUUUCGCCGGCACCGGUCAAAUCACCACCGUCGAUCCAAGUUAUCCUAACUGCCGUUUCGUCUGAAAAUUCCGAAGCGAAGAAUGUGUGUAAAGAUGGUUGAUUGUAUUACUAUUUAUCAGCAGAAUGUUUCAAACUUUCAUUUUAUAUGGAUUGGUCCAACCUCUGCCCUCGUUUAAACUCUGUGACUAUGCAAAUGCCUUGAUUGUUAGUAAAUUAAAUAUUUGAAUGAAAUGUUUUCUUAUACUAAAAUAA